GAGGGGAGUGAGGCCCCUGUCUGCUGCGGAGACCAUCACAGGGACCAAUGCAUGCUGGGCAUGGUGGCUCACACCUGUAAUUCAAGCACUUUAGGAGGCUAAGGUGGGCAGAUCACUUGAGGUCAGGAGUUCGAGACCAGCCUGGCCAACAUGGUGAAACCCCAUCUCUGCUAAAAAUACAAAAAUUAGCCAGGUGUGGUGGCGCGUGCCUGUAAUCUCAGCUACUCGGUAGGCUGAGGCAGGAGAAUCACUUGAACCUGGGAGGCAGGGGUUGCAGUGAGUUGAAAUCGCAACACUGCACUCAAGCCUGGGCGACAGAGCAAGACUCCAAAAAAGGUCUCAAAAAAAAAAAAGGAAGGACCAAUGCAUCAGACUCCUUGGGAAGCUCAGAGGAGGGGCCACUGAGCCAGCUCUGGCAGGAUAGAGUAGGAUGAUUGGGAGUAUCAAGGAAGGCUUCCUGGUGGUGACACUCAGCUGAGGCUUCAGGGCCAAAAGGAGGAGAUCAGGUAGACACAGCAAGAGAAGCCUUCCUGGCAGGGAACCCCAUAUACAAAAGGGCACAAGGGGGCGAAAACUUGGCCAGUGUAUCCAUUUGGCCAGAACAAAGUGAGGGAUUGUGGAGGGAGUGAGCGUGGUGGGAAGAAGGGAGCCAAGGGGGAGUUCUGAAGGGGAGAAGGGCCUUCCAUAUUCAGCGAAUGCUGGUGUUCAGCCUGCAACACUUCAAAGUAAGUGCUGCUGCCAUCCCCUUUUUUGCAGAUGUGGAAAAGAGCUCAGAGAGGUUAGGUAACUAGCCCAAGACCACACAGCCAGAAAGUCACAGAGCUGGGACUCAAGCUCAGCCUGUCUUUGCUACAGAGCCAGUGCCCUGGAUCACUCAGCAACAAUGCCCCCUUCCCCAGCUCCUCGAAGGUAGGGGUGAGGGCAUAAGAGAAACCCCCCUGGGUCCCAGGCUAAUGCCUUCCCCUCCCCACCCCUGGAAGAUCACAAGCGUGGGACAUCCAGCAUGGAUAAGGAUGAGCUGAUGGAGAAUUCCCAGCAGCUCCCGGGAGGCCUGUCCACUGCAGGGACUGACUCCAAAGAGCUUCUGAGGCAACCAAUGAGACAGGCUGUGGCAGGAGCCUGUAAGAGGGGCAGAGACCAGGGAGGGCUUCCUGGAGGAGGUAGAGGCAUGAGAACUGGCUUUGCAGCAGGGGGACUGUACACAUGGAGGAGGGAGAGGGGUCUCAAACUGCCUGAGCAAAGGUGUCACAGUGUCUGGGGAGACACAGCUGGGCUGAGGCUUGAGAGGCCAGGUGGGGUUGGGCUGUGGAGGCUGUGUGUCCAAGCUCAGGGAGAAGCUCCUUGUCCUGCUGGCAGUGGGGAGCCAUGGUGGGGUCUUGAGCGGGAGUAGGUCCAAAGGAGGGAGGGGUCACUCUAAGAAGCUUUGGAGGUGACACAGAGGGACAUCAGUAGAUGUUACCCUCGCCAGUGAGUGGCAGGAGGGGCAGGCAGGAGGCCUCUGAGCUGCCUUUAGGUUUCGGUUCAUUCAGCAGGACUCAAACCGAGGUGCCUUUCUGGAGAGAAUCUGGGACAACCCAGGCUCUGAGAAGCUGUCUUGCCUCCUUCUUCUCUCUUGUAAUCUUCCCAACCUGUUUCUUUCCUUUCUCAGGCCACCCCACCUCCAGGGUCCCAUCCCUCCCCACCCCUUCAUCUCCCCUCCUCCAGCCCUGGGCCCAAGGACACGCCUCCAGGGUCCCAGGCCCCCUCUGUCUGGGAGCCCCACCGAAGAGGACAGGUGUGGAGGUCUCUGACCUGCCCAGCAGCAUUGCCUAGGCCAGGCCUGCAUGUGGGAGAAGCGGAGCAAGCCACCGCAUCACGGUCAGCAGCAGCUCUAAGCUCCAAACUUCCCUUCCUCUCUCCCAUCUGUCUGUGCCUGCAGACCCCCAAAGGGACAAAUCAAAAGCCUAAAUAAGCACCAAGAUGGGGCCACCAGACUUCCUCUCUCUCCACCCCUCCCACGCUAUUAUCAGCCCUCCCGUCCCACCCUGAAAGAUCAAUAAUGGUUUGGCAGGGAGAGGAGGCCAGGGCAGGAGGGCACGUCCCCGUGGCCCGGGGCCCCAGUUAGGUGGCAGCCAGGCUGGAGUUGUCUGGGCAGGCUAGACAAAAGGAAACUUGGGAGCAGAGGCCCUCUGGGUUCCACCUGGCGUAGAGCUGAGUCUGCUGCUCACUUACUGUGUAAGUUCCUUCCUUUCUCAGGCCUCAGUUUCCCCAUCUGAAGAAUGGGGGUGUUGGAUAAGAUGGCCUCUAAGGAGCCCUGUACCUCUGACUUUUGGAGAUUCUGUGUGUAUGGACUCCAGAGCCCAAGGGCCUGGGUCCAAAUCCCAGCUUCUCUGCUUACUAGCUGCGGGACCUUGGGCAAAUUAUCCAACCUCUUUGGGCCUCAGUUUCCUCACUUGUCAAAGGAUAAGAAUUGAACAUACUUCAUAGGAUGGCAUGAAAUGACAUGCGCCAAGUGUCCGGCGCAGGUAGGUGCUCAGUAAAUGUGAGGUCAAGGCUUUGGGUGGAGGAGUUCAGGCUGAGAGCAAAGGCUCUUGGGAUCCGGUAUUUCGGAUGAAAGUGGGCCGGGGCUGGGCGCGGUGGCUCACGCCUAUAAUCCCAGCACUGUGGGAGGCCAAGGCAGGUGGAUCACCUGAGGUCAGGAGUUUGAGACCAGCCUGGCCAACAUGGUGAAACCCCGUCUCUACUAAAAAUACAAAAAUUAGCUGGACGUGGUGGCAGGUGCCUCUAAUCCCAGCUACUCAGGAGGCUAAGACAGAAGAAUCGCUUGAACCUGGAAGGCAGAGGUUGCAGUGAGCCGAGAUCGCAUCACUGCCCUCCAUCCUGGGCAAGACUCUCCAUGGAAAAAAAAAGAGAGAGAGCAGAGGACGGGGGAUGCACACAGAACCAAGAGCUUCGGGAGCUACACACCAGGGCCCAUGCACCCUGCCAAGCCACUCCAAGGGGAAAGACUGUAUCUCUCCCCUUCAUUCAGCCAUCCACAAACACCCCACACCCACAAGCCAGGAACCCCAAGCAGGGAGGCGGCCCCAGGUGAUGACGGUGCAGGGAGCUGAGCAACCACAUGAGGGCAGUGGAGACGCGAUCAGGACCGCACAGGAUUUGGCCUUAGAAUAGGGGUGGGAUGUGAGAAAAUGGGGAGAGGGGUGGGGCCAGAGGGCCUUGGAGUAGGCAGAGGCUGGAGAGUGGUUGCCUGUCCACAGACUCCCCAUUCAUGUCACAUGUGGUAUUUGUCAUCCAUGCAAGCAUUUGUUCCUUUAUUCAUUUCUUCAGUUUGUUUAUUCUUGUAAGCCAGCCCCUCUUCCGUCCAUCCUUCCUUCUUUCCUUCCUCUCUUCCUCAUUCUGUUUUUUUCCUUCUUGUCCCUUUGGUUUGUCUGGCCAGGCGAUCAACUGCACAUACCGUCCUAAGCCACAGCUGGGUGCCAGCCUGAGAGAGGCACGCCUCUAGGGGGUACGGUGAGCCUUGGCCCCUUCCCUUGAAGGGUUCAGGGCAGUAGGCCCGGUGCUGGGCACCCCACAGAUCUGGGCCUGUGGUUGGUGGGGUCUCGAGGGGCCUAAGUCUCCCACAGGCUGCAAGUCCUGAGAAGCCUCAGUAAACACUAAAACAGUAAACAGUACCCUGGCCAGGCAGACUGUGUGACCUGGGCCACCACUCUAAAAAUAAAUUCCAGGAAAACAGUAUGGUCCCAGGUCCAGCAAUGUCUGAGAUUCAGGGACAUUCCCUGCCGACAAGAGCUGAUUUCUGUGGCCUGGUGACUAAGUUCCCUCUUGCAGGAACGUAAGCACGGCGGGGAAGCGGAGGCUGGGGCUUGACGUCAGGAGAUUGAAUCCUGGCUGUGUCCUGCUGGUCUAAGACACCCCUCUGCCUCUCUCUGAGGCUCAGUUCCCAAAUCUGUAAAAUGGGGGGAAGCAGGUCUUCUGCUUGGUCCACCUCGUGGUCUGAGAGCUGAACGAAAUUGCAAUUGUGCAGAUGAAGAGUGAUGGAGGGAGACCACCUGGCUUUGGGGUCAUGCCUGGAUCCAAAUUCUAGUUCAGCCUCUUACUAGCUGUGGAUGUUAGUCAACGACUUAGCCUCUCUGGGCCUCAGGCUCCUCAUCUGUGAAAUGGAGCUAAGAGUCCUUACCUCCUAGGGAACAGUGCCUACACGUGGCUUGCAAUCCAUUGAUGGGUGUUGUUAUUAUUAGGAAAUGUUCAGUGAAACUGUACAGCAUGACAAACAUCAAGUGUGUCAUUACAGAGAUUAUCCCUAUAGCAACCAAGGCCAAACGCCUCUGCCUGACUCUCGGCUCCCUCCACCCCCAGUCUGGCCCCACCUGCCUUCCAGCCUUGCCACCCAAGGCCUGAUGACAGCAGCAGUGGGGAGGAAGAUGCUGACAGCUGAUCCGAGGGGGUGGGGCCCCUCUCACCACUCCUUGGGGCGGGGAGCCCUGCUCAGGAGCUACCUGCCCAGCCCAGUGUCAAGUCACUGCCGAGCCCUAUGGCAGUUUCGGGGAGGAAGGGGCACCUGGAAGGCAGAGCUGUGCUGGGGAGGCUCCUUCUCUCCAAGUGGGGCUCCAUCCAGCCUGCAGACCACAGCCCGGAGCGGGAGCUGGGCAGAGGAGUCAAGGAGCUGGGCUCUGCCUCUCCACCUAGUGACUCCUACCCUGGCUGCCUCUUUAGACCACAAUGAGUUUAAAGGAGGUUGAAGGUGCUUUUUCACCUGCCUGACUUGGAACUCCAUAAGGAGUGAUGUCAUGACCAGCAUAAAUUGGGGGGAACCUAAUGACGUCUGCCCCUUGUUCUUUUAAGCUUCAAUAGAAACACUCAGUCCAAGAUCUGGGAAGACCCUUGUGCCCAUUUUUAAAAGAUUUCAACUCUGGCCAUUAGGAGAAUUGGAGAGAUCAGGUGACAAUGAGUUCCCAGUUCAAUGCUGGAUUUACUGCUGGCAUCCAAAGUGCUCCACUGGGCAAGCACCAGCUCCUCUUGCUGCAUCACUGUGCAAGGGAGCCUCACCCUCUGCGGGGGCGGGGUGGGGGGGCAGCAUUCCGCUCCGGCCUCCGCAGCUUCGCACGUGCCGCUCUCUCCUGUAGAACACCUUUUCCCUCCCCCAUCUGACUGUGUCUCACUUUUUCCUCAAGACUCUGAAAGGUUUCCUGACUCCCUCAACCUGGGCGAGGAGCUCCUUUCCCCUGCUCCCGUCCCGCUGCCUGUCCCUACUCCCGUUGUAGUUCUGAUCACACUGAUGUCCUGCGUGUCUACCAUUCUAAGCUGUGGGAUUUCAAGGCAGGGCCUGGAUUUUGUCUUAAACAGUUCAGGGUCCCCAGGCCCUUGGGCACCAGGGGGACAUCUCAUGGUGUAAUAAUAAGAAACACUCACACUUUACAGAGGGAAGGUUCCAUCGCUUUCCCUAGAUCGUGGCCAGCCAGGGUGUCAGGUGGCUGCCCACCUGCAGCAGAGCUUCCUGGUGCUGGCGGAGGGGGGCAGGCCAGGCCUGCUGGGGCCAGUGAAGGGGGUCAUCCCCUUCCCACCUGGCAUGAAACGCCUGUGUUGUGCUGCGUCCUAAGACCCCUGGGGAAAUGCACCAUUCAUUCAUUCAUUCAGUAAAGGUCACUGGCUCCUGCCUGGGAUCUGGGACCCAGCCCCUGAGCACACCCCCGUCCGCACUGUCGUGGUCCCGCUGUUUGUCUUCUCCCUUCCGACCUCCCGUGGCCCCAGCGCGGCCCGCUCACAGUAGGUGCUCGGGCAGCGUUUCUUCAGGGGCCUAGACGGCCUGGAGAGGAAGGGCCCCAGCCCAGCCGCCCGGGCCUCUCACCUGGCUCUCGGGGCGUCCGGCUCGCACUUCCUCCCGCCGCCCCGCCCCUUCCACAUUCCUGCCCCGCCGGGCCUGCCCGGCGCAGUCUGGGUCUCUGCGCCGCAGCCGCCCGCCCGCCCUCUCAGCGCCCGGCCCCGGGAUGACGGCGGCCCAGGCCGCGGGUGAGGAGGCGCCACCAGGCGUGCGGUCCGUCAAGGUGGUCCUGGUGGGCGACGGCGGCUGCGGGAAGACGUCGCUGCUGAUGGUCUUCGCCGAUGGGGCCUUCCCCGAGAGCUACACCCCCACGGUGUUUGAGCGGUACAUGGUCAACCUGCAAGUGAAAGGCAAACCUGUGCACCUCCACGUCUGGGACACAGCAGGGCAAGACGACUAUGACCGCCUGCGGCCCCUGUUCUACCCUGAUGCCAGCGUCCUGCUGCUUUGCUUCGAUGUCACCAGCCCGAACAGCUUUGACAACGUCUUUAACCGGUGGUACCCAGAAGUGAAUCAUUUCUGCAAGAAGGUACCCAUCAUCGUCGUGGGCUGCAAGACUGACCUGCGCAAGGACAAAUCACUGGUGAACAAGCUCCGAAGAAAUGGAUUGGAGCCUGUGACCUACCACAGGGGCCAAGAGAUGGCGAGGUCCGUGGGCGCGGUGGCCUACCUCGAGUGCUCGGCUCGGCUCCAUGACAACGUCCACGCCGUCUUCCAGGAGGCGGCCGAGGUGGCCCUCAGCAGCCGCGGUCGCAACUUUUGGCGGCGGAUUACCCAGGGCUUUUGCGUGGUGACCUGAGCGGCUCGGGCCGACCGAGUGACGCGGGAAGAGGCAGGGCGCUGACCUGCUGCUGAGCUGGCUGGGCUGGACCCGGUCCCUAGGCUGUGACCGCCGAACUGCACCGCAACAGAUGGGCGCCACCAAGGCCAGGCCCUGAGGCCUGGGAGUCCUGGACUGAGAAAGGGGGUUCCUGGGCCCACCUGCUCUGUGUAGGGCUCGUCCUGCGGUGCCCGAGAAUCACUCACUAACCCCUACGCCCGGUCGCGGACCGACAUCCUGGAGCCGCCUGUGCAGCCUGAUGCCCCCUCGUGGCUGCUCCCAGGGCUGCACCUGCCAGGACCUAAGGUUCUCAGGUCCCUCCUGCCAGAAUCCACACCCGGCCCCUUCCCACCUGUCAUACUGGUAACUGUAACAAGGAAAACGACAUCA